AUGGUCCUGGCUCUCCUGUGGAUGAGCCUCACCCUGCUGGGGGCCCUGCAGAGCCAAGCCUCUGGAAAACUCCAUGUCCCCAAGCCCAUGCAUAUUGUUCUGUCCAAAAUACGUCUGCAGCCAAACUUCAUGGAAGAUCGGUUCCAGGGGAAGUGGUAUGCCUUGGCUGUGGCAGAGAACACAAUUCGGAAUGGAAGUGAAAGCCAGUUUCAAAUGUACAGCAUCACCUUCGACCUGAAUAAGGACCAUAGCUACAGUGUCUCCACCAAAACACAGAGGGGCCAGGACUGUCAAAACUGGGACUUGACUUUCGUACCAAGUCAUGUGCGAGGCCAGUUUGACCUGGGCCAUAAGAAACUUUACCCUGGAAUACAAACCUACACCAUGAGAGUAUCGUCUACUGACUACAAUCAGUAUGCCUUGGUGUUCCUCAAGAUGAAAUUCAAAAAUCAUCUCUUCUAUGAGACCACCCUCUAUGGGAGAACCAAAGAGCUGAACACUGACCUGAAGGAGCGCUUCAUUGACUUCGUCACAGAUAUUGGUUACGAUAAUGAAAACAUCAUCAUCCAUGACUCAAUUGGUAAAGACUAG